CUGGCAUCAAGUCAAGAACAACAUCUGGCUAGGUGGGCCUAGGGAUUGUAACUCUGUCGAAGGAAUCUUCAUGUCGUUCUGGCAAUUUACUUGUGCAACAUCCACUACUACUACUCUGGAGCAGCAGUGGAAUUUAAUAUAGUUGUAACGACGAAGUAUCAACGCUGAACAAAAACAGCACGCUCUAACAAAUUAGAAAGUACCUAAUAUUAUUUCUGAAUUUGUAUGUGAUUCUUCCAGGCUCGCUCAAUACACAAAAAAACCAUGUUGUUGGAACACGGCUUCAAACGGUUAGUGUCUUUUCCGGCUCAGCCGGAGGGCCGUGAGAAGAUGGAACGGAUUAAACGGCUGUGUGGUCAGCGGUUUAUCGCAGAAGACGAUGGAGUCAUGAUGAUUGACCUACUUGAAUUAUGGCUAUCCUCGGAAAGAUGUAGACAAUUAUCCAUCGGUAAAUUUUGGUUUUACGCAACUUACACUGGCAUUCUGGGGCGUUGUUGAGGAGAAAAUUUUUCUUGAUUAGUUACGAAUCCAUCUCGUCUAUGUUGAUUCAACGACCCUGGUAGUAACACUUUGUCAUCGGAGUAGAGCGAUUGCUCUUAGGGGUAGCGCCGCUAAUUGAUGGGCUAGCAUUCGACUGCUGUUAUGGGGGUGGACUUUUCCUGCUCGGCGAGCUAUUUCGGACAGGCGACUUCGAACCUGGCGUGCCCGUGGAUACGGACAAGGUUUUUUGCGUUAAUAAAUUCAAGUAGUAGAAGUAGAAGUAGAUCCUGAAUAAGAUGCUGUAUUUCUUCUAAGGUCGAGUAUUGAUAGAUUUGGAAAAACUAAGAAGGAAUACCCACAGACACCCAAACUGUUGUUGUUGCUUGGAGUUAUUUUUUCUCUUGUGAUUUGAACCUGUUUUACUUCUCCAUACUCUGACGGGAUCCAUGAGCAUGAACCUAUAUUCACUGUGGUAGUAGUUGCACAACGAACUAUUUAAUUCCGCAUCAAGAACAAUCCAGAGUCUGUUUUUACAACCACAACGUAUGGCCCAACUACAUAGGCACUUGGGUACUACGUCUUGACGCUGGCCCACCCCCAUGUAUGCAAGAUUAUCGACGAAAGCGGACUUAUUGUUAAGGCUCGAGAAAGGCCAUCGAUCUUUCAUCUCAGCAUCUGACUUGGCCCUAUUUAUUUAUUUGAAGAUCCUGAACGAGAUGGAUUUAGGCAACAAGAUCUAACAUUGAGGUGGGGGGAUUCCUUCUUGCCAAUUACCAGUCAGUGCAAUCGCGAUAUCCCAAAGAGGUCGCUGCGAUUAUCUUACGGAUUCGGAUCAUACUCAUAAGUAGAUAUUUCUUUAUGAUCUUGAUCAUCAAGAUCAGGAGCAUAUCUAUGUUCUUGUGCUGUGGAGUCCGAGGUACGUUUAGGGCCUAGUACGUGCUCAAGAAAAAGUUGACAGCACUAAUUCUUUCGAAAAACGUUCUCUCUGGUGAUGUCUUGCGGUACCUGCAGUACGCACUCGACAUUAAGACUACGUACUAGAAAAACUUUACAACAAGGAUAGAGGACAGGUGUGCGUUUAAUAAGCAGUUCUUGUUUGAAUAACCAGCACAGCGACGGGGGCGCUACCCGACAAAGAAACACACUUUUAGAAUCUUCAGGGACAGGUCGUGGGGAUCAUACUUACAUCAUAUUUAAGCACCCGCGUGAAUAUUGAUGUUGGGUCGUACCUCGUAGCUCGUCGAUCGCGUGCUUAUCAAACAUGAUGAUCUGGUGUGUGCUGGACCCUGAGAAGAUAAUGCUGUUGAUCGGAAUCUUAUCAUGGUGUUUUCAUAUGAUAGACCUAUUUUUAUUUAUAGCAAUAGCGAACUUGUUGGUCAAUGGUCAUUACUGGCUCAAGAUCCAAUGGAUGAACCUGAUUUCAAUGCCAAAUGACUGCUCUCACUCGUCACCUUGAUCAUGAUCAAUACCGUUCCUUGUCCUGAACUCUUGUUAGUUCCUCGUAUGAUCAUCAUUUGAACUCAAUGAAUUCCAACAUGAAUUAGCAGCAAGAUCUCCCAGAUCUUUAACUGCACUAUGACCCUUCAUGAUAUCCCAAUGACAUUGAACCCAUUUUGAUACCAUUUCAGGGCCUUAAACAGUCAGUGAUCAUUCGGCACGUCCGUUCUGAUCGUCUUUCUGUUACAUUGCAACAGUAGUCAUUCCAUUUGCUCUCUAGAGCCUCGUAUUGCGCUUGGACGUGUUCGGGUGUUCCAACAGAACUUCUUAUAGGAGAUCAUUCUACAAGACACAUAAUUUGUAGUUUUUCUAAUGAUAAGAGAGUUAAUCAGGAACCUGCUGAGGACGGGGGGAUGGCUUCGACGAGGUCCUCUUCUUCCGGAGGGGAAAACGAGGAGAGCGUCAGCACAGCUAAACAGAAGGCACCUGCUAGUUUUUAAGGGUAUCUUGGUACUAGAAAUUCCAUACUCUUCUAAAAGUUACUUAUAAAGUGGCGCACGUUCUUUUGGCUUUUUUGGUCCCGAGAUGUCUGUAGUUAAAAGAUCGCUUUCCUCCAAGCCCAAGGGCGGGUGGGAUCUUCUACUACCUCUAAAAAGUGCAUGGUGGUUUUCAAAAAGGAUCGUUGGCACUGGAUGAUGGUAGUCGCGCGCGUGCAAUCGAGAUAAAGGAGCGGGCGAACGAGUUAUAUCGUCAGGGAAUGCUUCCCGGAAAUGCGAAAGGAAAAGGCUUGUUGCAGCAAGCAGCAAAGAUGUACGAGGAGGCCUACGGUAAUUUAGAUAUUUGGUACUUCUCUAUGGACAGUGGCGGCUGCGUCUGUCGACUUUUUUCGUUUGUCUUUCUGUCUCUUAGUAGUCAAUCUGUCUAGUUGUUAACCUAUGCCCAGAAAGAAGGCAAAUGCUACAGUCUCAUGAUUUGAGUUCGUUUCCUUGGUUAGCUGUCUCGUUCCAGUUGUUGUAGAGCAAGAUGAAGAUAGGACUUUUAGUAAGUAAACACAGGUAUACACGCCGAUUAUGUUUACUUGUCGAAUGCGGCGCAGGCAUUGUGCACCAGUGAAGACUGGAUAGGGGCAAAAAGCUAUGCUGAGCGUGCACUGGAGCAGUGCUCUCGAGAGUUAGGGCUCAAUAGAUACAAUUCAUUUCUACACGCCCUUUCUCUCUAGGCUAUUUCCUUCGUUCUUGGAAUCGGGAGAUAGGUAGGCAAGAAAUGGAUCUUCUUGAGCUCUAAGAGACGAGAUGGACGCUGUGGCUGGUGGCUACAGCAGCACCGCUUCCGCCUCUUUGGAGGAGCGCACAAGAGUCGCCCUCCAGAAACGGAAGUUAGGGAUCGAUGCAGUCACUGAUCACCUCUCUCUCAUUUAUCGAAUAGACUAUAAUCUGCUGAGGACACUGUCAGAGUCACUGACUCAGCAUGAUCUCUAUCUACUUAUUCAUGUACAAAGAUGACUAUGAUGUUGGUUCUUAUAAAGGUAUCUCAUGUACUGAAUAGACUCGAUUGUUCUUGAAGACUGGAUUUCGAUUUUCUCUCAUGUAUUUCAAGAGUGGGAAUUUUUAAGAAUAGAAGAAGCAAGAAGGCCAAGAGUCGAUCCUGCACUCCACCUCCACUAAUAUAUUAAGUUAGAUAUUAAGCCCACACUGCGAGUUCGAAAUAAACAAGAUAUAAGUACUGACUGUUGGUCUCUCUGUUGAUCACCGUCUACUAGUACUCUCAUUAAAUUAUAAAGAUUGCCUAGCUCUAAGGAAGAUACUGCAACGGCUAGCGACAGCGCAGAUUCACCUCCGGGAGUUCUCUGCGGCGGCCGCAAGUCUCAACUCAGCACUCGCAGUCUGCAAAAGAUUCGUUCGGGAGAAGUCCUUAUGUCACAUCUCAACUUUGACAGGAACGUAAUCGAACCUGUUGACUCCUCUAGACUUCUACACUCAUCGAUUACUUAUAGUACAACCUCCCUUUUUAGUUUACUCCGUCAAAACUCAGAGGGAAGGGGAUGAACCAACACUGCUUCUGCAGUUGUAAAAACCAGCAAGGGGAGCAGGAACUGCAGCUGUGACUGUGACGUCAUUUCUACGUGCGUUAGCAUAUGAUGAAAAACUUGCACCUCCAACAUUUUCUGCAUCCUCGGGGUCGAUUAAGGCUGGGAGCAAUAUCUUAAUGCUGGUAUCGUAUGGUGCAGUCACUGCGUAGCCCUGUCCGUAUGUACUCCUGUUUCUGAAACACAUUUGCUUUGUUACCGAAACAUAUACUACGAGGAUUAAGGGUUUAGGAGGGGUAAGGGUUUAGGAGGGGUAAACCCUUAGGAGGGGUACCCGAAAACAUAUACGUUAAUAACUGAGAACGUAGUUGUCCUCGUAGUUCAUCGAGUUCAUCUCCUUUCUUUAUGAUGUUUGUUGAUGAUGCUGGGACGUUUUCUCUGCUAAGACCGGCAGUAGUUCAUCAGCAGGAGAUGGGAUUGGAGCAAGAGAUGGGAGUGGAGCAAGCGAGCUCUUUGCGCUGUGUAAGCAGAUUCCUGCAAGCGCGUUGCCUCCUGUUAAGACUCAGCUGCAGUCGUGAGUUUCUAGAAUCAGGGCGUUGGUUAGACGACCACUUCUGGUCUAUCUUCUAGUACCAAUACCAUCAGCAAUCUGGAGCAUAAAAACUGCUCUAAUCACCACCACGAGUGGGUGCUGCAACAUGCAAGUGUAGAAAAGCAUUUCAACAAGUCAGAUUACGUCCUGAUGGAAAAAAGGAUCUGCGGAAAAUGGGCGUAUGGUCCGCCGGACAAUUAAGGCGAACUGCUGAAAACGGAUUUUACACAAGGAUCUAUACUAUUACUAGUAGUUCAAGAGUACUAGUAUAAGUAAAUCAUGCUUCAUCAGUUCCAGGGAGUGUAGUAUGCCUCAUCUUCUUAGACAAACGAACUAGGCUCUGGAGUCUCAUGAGAGGAAGGGUUAGCGUUAGGGUUUAGGGAGAUAUAAUACAAGUAUGGCAUACUGGUAUCCUCGUUCGAAAACUAGUACCACAGAUAUUAAUGUUGAGCAAAAAUAAAAACUACCGUUACAACCUGCUACUUCUCUAAUUUCAGCCCAACAAUUUUGAGAUCCGCUUGCUGCCACACGGCGCACUAGUCUACGUCGAGUUCGAGGUCUCAGUGGAGCUAUUGCAAGAUCGCCUGCUUUCGUGGCAUGGCGAUUUCUCUCUGGUUCCUGGCAUGAUGCUGGAGUUGAAUUUCGAACCUAGUAUGGAUUCUAUGACAUGGAAAAACAAAAAGUGUCGUGCUUCUCAUCAUAGUUGUCAAGAUCUAAUUAGAAUUACUUAUACUUCAAGAGUAUUUAAUUGACUUCUGUUGGUGAGGUUUUUAAUAACGAUCGACUACUCCACUUUCAUCCAACCUGUUGUAUCUGCAUUACUUACUUUUCUAUCUUCCUCUGGUCUUUCUUUUUUCUAGUUAGGUCGGCUCCGCCACAAUUACUUAGGCAGAAGUCGGGGCUAGGCCAGAAACUUAACCUAGGCGUAGGCACGUUCCAUUAUCCAGAAGUUACGUUCCGGGUAUUGCUGAGGUACCUUCAUACUGUUACCUCAAGCUGCUCAAGUUGAGCAUGCAAUGAUUGAGAAGUUAAGUAUACAUAGAUAGGAAGGUUUCACUUGAGUUGUACUAUGAGAUGAAAAAGUUUGAGGUGUACUAUGAGCUGAAUGAGUACACUUUUUUACUUAAGUUUAUUUAUUCCACUAUCGGGCUCGGGGGCUGGUCUAAAACUCCAUCAUCUUCAUCUUUAUGGUCUUGUCUUCAUAGAUUCGCUGAGCGUGACAUUCGUCCCACCUCCGCCAGAGGAGAUGACGGAUGAAUUUCGGGAAAAAUUUGGGAAGGGUCCCCAAAAAUUCUCGGCCCGGCGUGUCUCCUUCAGUCCCGAGUACCUAGCGACUCUGGAAGAAAGGGAAACAGGGAAAGCGACUCUAGAAGAAAGGGAUGGCGAUUCUAGAAGAAAAGACGACUCGGCGAAACUAGACGACCACCAGAAGUCGAGUAAAAAAGCGACCACAAUAGACAAGAGAGACGAACGAAGGACAACAUCUUCGUCUUCUGAAAGAAGAAUAGACGAGCAGCUGGGAAAGGUGGGACAGACACCUCAGCAGGAAAAAGCGGCCAGGCGGCCAGCAGGCGUAGAGUUAAGCUCUGUUGGAAUAUAUUAUUCCUGACCUCCUGUGUAACCACAUGGUAUCAGCAAAACUACUUACCUAUGUACAUUUGUUGUAUCUACAAGGCGACUAAGUAUUCAGAAUAAGAGCAGUUAAGAGAGAUCUAUACUUGUCUCGUCUAAUUAAGUAUUAGAAUGAGAGCAGUCUAUACUUGUCUACUAAUACCUAGCUUCGCUUUCAUCACUGUCUUCACAGUGAAUAACGAUUUACCUAGAGAGGUGUCCGUCGGUCUCCCGUAUAGCUGUACUAACCGACGUCUCCUGUGUAGUAUUAAGUUGCUGAUGAAGUCUAAGUCAAUUGUGAGAGAUAUGAAAGGAAGUCGUAAGGCUUCUACUCAAGGAAAGAAUUGAUUACUAUCUAAUGAAAGCCAAUUCAAUCUAGACAAUUCCAUCAUGUGUGCGUUUUUCUUUAUGCUUACAUUACACCCGCACCAGUUAGAUAAGCUAUUAGCUUAUCUAACUGCGGGUGUCAUUGAAGUUAAACGACCUACAACCUAGACAAUUCCAUCGUCCUUCUUACUACAAUUACUACUACUUGCAGUUCUAUUUCUAAUGGAGCGUUUUUUUGUCACCGCGUGUGAGUCGCAUUCCUGCCUAGUCGGGGAGUACAGGGUCAUGGCUGAUCCUGAAAAUGGCAAGCCGUGCUAUGUAAAGACAGUCGAGGACGAGGACGGCACCCGUCGUGUUAAGGUCCGAUCAUUCAAAGAAGAAGAGCAAAAAGAUCAUAUUAUACAUCUGGGUUACAACUUUUAACUGAUCACUCAAAGAAGUAGAUUAAGAUUUUUUACAUUGCUUUUCUUGUUCUAGUUCUUAGGUCCGAACAAUGGCAUACAUUUCCAACAACAAACUUAGAGGAGAGAAUAAUUAAUGAUCGUUCCCGUACUUCGUUCGACUCUUCACUUUUCAUUGACUUGUUUGAAUUUGACAGACUUCUCGUCUUAUACUUUGCUUUUUUUGCACAAUAGACAGUAGGUACAACUCUUCUCGUGAAUCAGAACCAUCUUUAGUACAAAGAUUUACUGCAUCAUGCUAAUCAUGAACAGACGAAGACGAGUGCUACCUAUUAUUGCUGGUUUCGUGGUGGACAGUGGGUAUUUACGACUCUCUUGGAUGCCUCACCUUAUCGGGCUCCAUUCUUACUACGGUGUGCGAACGCAAACGGUCCUACGCCUCUGCAGUUGAGACCAAGGCCUUUUUGGUUUGCGAAGCAAGGAAAGGUUAGGACUCAAGAUCCUUGGGAAAGUCCUGUUCAGGUAAUCCAUGAUCUCCAAAAGCAGCUUGCUUGGAGCUUCUAAGUAAGCAUUAAUUCUCUCAAAUUGAUUCUGCUGCAUUUUUACAGUAAAAAUGAAAAGGUGGAAAACGAAUUUUUAUAGUCCUAUUCACUUAAGAACUUCUACUUCACAAGAAAGCAUCAAGAUGAAGGAUCUCAAGGUGUUGAAGGAUCUCGUCAAGAUGUGCUUCAUCUACUAUUUCGGAGGUGACCUCCUGCUCUAAGAAGGGACCCGAAGUGCGUGAUCCGACUGUAUCGCUGAAUCAAGAAACGUCUUUGCCAUCAUCGUCCUCGUCGUCCGCCUCCUCCUCUUCAUACCAGGUGGACGGUGGCACAGCUUCAGUAACAACGAUUUCCACAGCAGGCGAGAGGAAUGAUAACGCUUCCUCUGACAAGACUCAGAACAAUCACGAGAAGACGAAGAGUUCUCGUAAAGAACUAUCAUGUAGCUUCCCGUCUUCAUCUUCUUCAGUGUGUGCGAGUCAGGGUGGAUUUUCUGAAGAGGCGAGAAUACCACAAUGCGUUUUUUUAGACCAUCUAGUAGUGCCCGUGCCGAACGACGGGGACAGCGGCGGGAGGUCUUCUCCCAGAACAAGGGUGUCUUCUACUUUGGCGAAAAGGAAGAGAGCGGGCAAAAAGGUUCCGUCGCGUAUUUCCGGGUUUUAUGUGAAGACUGCUGGCGUGCGUGGUGAGGAAGCGUCCAACAUCGAGGGGUCGAACAUCGAAGAGGGAUCGCAGUUUGUGAGCACACACGACGAGGGACUAUGCCUUCGUCUGCGGCUGGAGGAGGCACGCCUCCAUUGGGUGGUUUGGGACGCCAAUGAGAAGGUGGUAAUAGCAAGAUGGCGCGAUGAACAUCAACAAGAUUGUGAAGUCGUCGAUCGUAACGAUUCGUCUAUUCAUUCGCCUAGAAGUCAGAACGCGACUUCUUCGGGUACAAGUAGCUGUAUAGUGACAGGAGGAAAACGACGAUUAUUGCCCGCGGUGGCACCUUGGCUUUCCACAGAUGCCUCAGCGGGAGUGAAGCAGGAAAAUGCUGGGCAAAGCUGGGCUUGGGAAACUUAUGGCUAAUUGUAUUUCAACGCUUUCACCUUUUACUCAAGGUCAAGUUGCACAAUAAUUAGAUCCUAUGCUUGUAUCAUUUUUUUCAUUAAUACAACUUUCUCUCUCUCCAUUAAUAUCUAUUCAAUAUCAUCUCUGUCAUGUUGGUACACUUGCGUCACUCAUUUCCAGUGUUCGUAGGGGUAGAGACACACAGUCACGGGUCGUAAAAACAGCCAAGAGAUUCCGCACAACAUUCUCAUGUAGUUGAUAAACAAGUCUAGAACUUCUAAGGCUACAAGGAGUAACCAAGCCUAGACUUCGUAGUACGAAAACAUUCUGCUGAGGCUAGGAGUAAUGAACUACUAGCCUAGAACUUCUACUAGAGGAAGUAUUCCGCACAACAUUGUCAGGCUACAGAAAGAAAUAAAGAAAAACAAGCCUUAAUCUUCUCGGUGAAGUGGUACUAAAACUAGUAAAGUACAAGUACGAUUUCUUGCCGAUCUGUUCCACGAUUUCUUCUCUCUAGACUACGUUCUAAGAAAACGUGGAGCAGAUCGGCAAGAAAUACACAUGGACGCAAUCGCGGACGUUCAGCCGGGAUCGCAUGCUUCGGUGUCUGCCAGUGCCAGAAUUUCUCACCGGAGGGCUACUCACAUCCGCGAGACUGGAGUUGUGGGGUCGGGCCACCUUACCCGCUCGCCCAGCACAACUUGAUGGAAGUGAUCAUCAACAUAAACAACAUGAACAACAUAAACAAGAACACGGAAGUGAUCAUCAACAUAGACAACAUGUAGAACAACAACAACAACUAGAUGCUGUUUAUUUAAGGCUCAACUUUCAUUGCUUUCAUUGAGGUUGGUCACUGAGAUCGAAGAGGGGCCCCCUUGAGAGAACAGGGGAAAACUGAGGGAAAACAAGGAGAGAGAUGCGGGGGGCCUCCUAUUCAGAGUCAGUGAGCAAUGAAUGCUGGCCUGCUUUAAUGUAUCUACUGAAACACUGUGACGUUGCAACCGCUACUACUUGUUGUAGUGGUCUUCGUGAGCAAGGCACAACUACGGACGAGGCAGUCAUCAGGGUCAAUUGUGACAGAGCUGGCGCCACUAUUAAGGCCAGUCAAUCUUCACUAUCUGGUGUCGUGGACUAUGUAUGCUGAGUGAGUUCUCCCUGCGAACAAGUCCUGACUCAGGGGGAAUUCAAUGUAGUAACUUGUAAUUACAAGGUACAAGGAAAAAAGGGACGAAUCUACUGCGAAUCCAGCCACGACGGAUAGUGAUUGGCUGGCGUUAACGCUAGCAGCUUCGAGAUCCGAAAUCCGUUCACGUCUGGCGGAGAUGAUCUGGAUCUGAUGUUUCAGAAAAAGCAGAAUCAUCUGAUCAUUACACCUAGACUUUAAGGGGGUCGUGUUGAGUAGAAUCAUCUGGGUGAUGAGAUGAAAUGAUUUAAUUAUUGAGGAUGACUUACACUCAGUUAGAAUCAUCUGGGUGAUGAGAAAUGAUUUAAGCGGGUGAUCAUGAGGAUGACUUUUCACACCAAGAGCUUACUUACUCGGGUGGAUAUAUCAUCUUUUCAGGAGGUAGUAUUAGUGCGACGUGAUGGUGAACAAGGUUCGAUUGUACUUACUAGCACAAGAAAGCGAGACGAUACUAAGAUUGUUCUUGUACCUGCAAGAGCAGCACGUCUAGCACUACAUCCUGGAGCAGAAAAACAAGCACUGAUGUCAGAAAAGAUAGCAAUUCUUCUAAGUAGCACUUCUAAGUGCUCAUGCAGAAAAACAAGCACUGUCACCUGUGAAUAGAAGCGGAUCGAACUCAAUCUAUUUGUCGCCUGAGCAUUUUUGAUGCCGAUCACUAGUCAGGAGGGAGCAUUUUCCUCCUAAUCCCAAU